AAACUUGCGAGCUUGUGAUCUUUCUCCUUCACAGUUCCAACCUUCUUCAGGAGCUAGCGACAGCGAUUCCGAUUUGAGCCCCGCCCCCUGGAGCCUGCGGGCGCUCGAUUGGUGGACGAUUCUCUCCAGACGUCCCCUGAAGAGCUGCCAUGUCUGGGAAUUCUGCCCCUUCCUCAGAACAGAACAACAACAACUAUGAAACCAAAACAAAUCUCCGAAUGUCAGAGAAGAAAUGUUCGUGGGCAUCCUACAUGACCAACUCCCCGACCCUCAUUGUUAUGAUUGGCUUACCAGCCCGGGGCAAAACCUACGUGUCCAAGAAACUCACACGCUACCUCAACUGGAUUGGGGUGCCCACCAAAGUGUUUAAUCUUGGGGUGUAUCGGCGUCAAGCGGUCAAGUCCUAUAAGUCCUAUGACUUCUUCCGGCAUGACAACGAGGAGGCCAUGAAGAUACGCAAACAGUGUGCUCUGGUGGCGCUGGAGGAUGUGAAGGCGUAUCUCACGGAGGACAGUGGGCAGAUUGCGGUGUUUGAUGCUACCAAUACCACUCGAGAGAGGAGGGCCUUGAUUUUGAACUUUGCCGAGGAGAAUUCCUUCAAGGUGUUCUUUGUGGAAUCCGUCUGCGAUGAUCCCGAUGUCAUUGCUGCCAACAUCCUGGAGGUAAAGGUGUCGAGCCCUGACUACCCUGAAAGGAACAGGGAGAAUGUGAUGGAGGACUUCCUAAAGAGAAUUGAGUGCUACAAAGUCACCUAUCAACCCCUUGACCCAGACAACUAUGACAAGGAUCUUUCUUUCAUCAAGGUGAUAAAUGUGGGCCAGCGAUUUCUAGUGAACAAAGUCCAGGACUACAUCCAGAGCAAGAUCGUCUACUACCUCAUGAAUAUCCAUGUCCAUCCUCGCACCAUUUACCUUUGCCGGCACGGAGAGAGCGAGUUCAAUCUCUUGGGGAAGAUUGGGGGUGACUCAGGCCUCUCGGUGCGGGGAAAACAGUUUGCCCAGGCUCUAAGGAAGUUUCUGGAGGAACAGGAGAUAGCAGACCUCAAAGUGUGGACAAGUCAGUUGAAGAGGACUAUCCAGACUGCUGAAUCUCUGGGGGUGACCUAUGAGCAGUGGAAGAUUCUGAAUGAGAUUGAUGCUGGCAUGUGCGAGGAGAUGACUUAUGCGGAGAUAAAGGAGCAGUACCCAGACGAGUUUGCGCUUCGAGAUGAAGAGAAAUAUCUGUAUCGAUAUCCUGGAGGGGAGUCGUACCAGGACCUGGUGCAGCGGCUGGAGCCUGUCAUCAUGGAGCUGGAGCGUCAGGGCAACGUCCUCGUCAUCUCCCACCAGGCUGUCAUGCGCUGCCUCCUGGCCUACUUCUUGGACAAGGGUGCAGAUGAGCUACCGUACCUGAGGUGCCCUCUCCAUACCAUCUUCAAACUUACUCCUGUGGCCUACGGGUGCAAAGUGGAAACAAUUAAACUUAACGUGGAGGCUGUGAACACUCACCGUGACAAGCCAACUAACAACUUCCCCAAGAACCAAACCCCUGUAAGGAUGAGAAGGAACAGCUUUACGCCUCUGUCCAGUUCGAAUACAGUAAGGCGUCCAAGAAAUUACAGUGUUGGGAGCCGGCCCCUCAAGCCCCUCAGCCCUCUCCGUGCCCUGGACAUGCAAGAAGGGGCCGACCAGCCGAAGACCCAAGUCAGCAUUCCGGUGGUGUAACCGUGUGUCUCCCUCCCGUCCUGGCCUCCUGCCCUUGUCACUAAUCACCAAGGAGUCAUUUAACUUCCAACUCCCACCCCCCCCCACCCCCCCAGCCCCACACCAUGGAUCUUAGCAGAGAAUGUGAGGUCAUGUGUUUCCAGACCAACCUUAGCUAGUGUAGGGUGUGAGACAUCUCCCUGCCCAGGGGCAAGCUGGCGAGUUGGGUGUUCUGGACAGGUCCUCAGUUGGGGGAGUCUGGAGGAGGAGGAAAAGGGAUCCACUCUCCUGGGGUGAUUGGCAGAGCUGGGGCUGAGGCUGAGCUGUGGUUCCUGUCCGUCCACGGUGUCUAAACUCACUAAUGUCCUUGUGUUGGUAAAGUGGGGGCAGGGUGGAGGGGGACACAGAAGCCCAUUUCCCUUCCACCUUUGUCUCUUCCAGGUGUGCUUUACUCACAGUCCUGACCUGCCUGCUUUCUUCCCCCCUCUCAUGUCCCCUUUGGAUUGCCCAGUGUGAUGCAUGGCAUUGUUGUGUGUCUGUCUAGGAGGGAAGGGGCGGUGGGUGGGAGAGAAGUCUGGCCUCCGUUGAUGUUCUCUGCAGUGGGCCUAGAUGGAUCUGGACUGGGGGAGCCUUUCUUUUCCCUUCUCCCUGCCUCUCAAGCCAGGUCCUAUAAGGGUCAGCCCAGGCUACAGAACAUCCACAGAUGCUCUGGAGCCUGCAGGUAGACAUAGGAUGAGAGUUCUUGCCUCCUUUCAUGAGAAACAAUCCUGAAGUCUUCAAUACCCUGGGGGAAGCUGGCUUUCAGUCUGUGUGAAAUAUCUUGGUUUGUAUUUUUCAGACAUAGGUCUCUGAGCUGCAGAGGGGUGAGGUCUCUGGGCUGCAGAGGGGUAAGGUUUAGGAGAGUAGGCUGGCCUCUAGCUCUUACAGGCCUCUUGGAGGAGUGUCAUACAUUUUCUCCAGGGCUCCUGGCUUCUUUGCCAACUACAGGAACUUUCCUGCCAAAGCCAGUGACCUCCGGGACUGUUCAGAAGGACAGAGUUAGAUUCAGGAGUCACCAUUGAGGUUUGAAUUGCUCAAGGGAAAGGCAGAGAAGAGUUCACUAGAGCUGCUAGUGAACUAGUAAUUUUCAACACAUUCUAGUAAUUCUCAACACAUUCUCCUUUUUAAGUUAAAAAAGUUUUUGCGUGAGCAAUUUUUUUCCCAAGAUACUGGGAAAGCCUGGUGAUAAAUUAAAUCCCCCUCACUAGGGUAUUAUUUUAUCUCAUCUUGAUGUCCAGAGUAGUCUUGGAAUCCUGUGGGGUCUAGCUCUUGACUGUUUACGCAUUUACUUGUGUCAUUUUAUUUUUUCUGCAAGGUUAAAUAGGAAAUGUUUAGAGUAGGGAUUCUUAGCCCCUUGGUGGCCCACGAUGGCAUACCUCCCCCAAUUUUGUAUACAAAAUAUAUGAAUAUACGUAUGUGCAUUUUUCUGAGAGGCAAGUCUAGAGUUCUCAUGAGAUUUUUAAAAGAGCGAGAGGACCCCGCACCUUAAAGUUAUCAAUCUGUCUCUUAGAGGUGACCAGUGAGAGCAAGUUAGCUAUUUGCCAGGGACGUUUUUGUUUGGUAAUAGGAGACCUUUUGUUGUGCUUCUCAUCUAGGAGUCUUCAUUAGAAUCCCCUAUAGAACUUUUGAAACAUGCACAUGCCUGUGUCCACUCUGGGCUUAAUUCUGACUCAUUCUCUGGGAUUACGGUCUGGGCAUGCAUGCGUUUAAAUAGCUUCUCUGAUGAUUCUGAAUCAUACUCCAGGUUAGAACUCUAUUUUAUGUUGUUGGGUGGAGAAACAGUAGUUCCUUGGACCAAGCGUCAACCUGGGAAUUCUGAAUUCCUCAUGGUUUUGAAAGGACAGUUCCCUGGAGUUAGAUGUGUGAGCAGAUCACAGUAUUGAAUGAAGUUACCCCCUCAUUGUUACUUCAGGAAGCAACCUGUUCCGGCUUUAACACUUUACGUUGCAGGGUGAUGUGGAACAAAUCACUAUGUCAUAUAAACGUCCUAUGACAAUAGCUGAGAAUUUUAAGCACCCUGGAGAGAGGUACUGAGAUAAAACUUGUGGGAUGAUAAAGGUUAUCGUCACAGGCAGCUGGCUUGUGACCUUGAGUCCUUUAUUCCUACAUCCUGAGUAGGACAUCACAGCCAAUUUCAAAGGCCACUUGCCUAGAUUCUGCUCGAAAUUGCCUUCCAGACAUAAGGUAACUUCCUGUUCCUGUUUAGCCAUUAUAUAAUGUGUACCUAGUGUCCAUGUUUGUGGGGCUUUGGGCUGGGUGGAGUGGUGGUGGGAGAAGGAGACACCGAAGCAGGAGAAAAAGUCCUUGCCCUGAAAAAGGUUAUUUUAGAGAAAGAGCAUAUAAUUUAUAAUAAAUGAACAUUUGUGAAAGAGCAACACGUUGCGUCAGUAAAUGUGGAUGUCCAAAUGGAGUAGAGAUUCCUUCUGACUUUCCUCUUGUCCUACAUGUAUGAGACUAAAAGGGUUGGGAGUGGGAGUGUCCCCCAGAAUGAUGUGGUCUAGGAGGUGUGUGUGGCACUUUUACAAGGUUGUCUUGUCUAGCUUUGCUUGGCUGGUGGCAUCUUUAGCCCAAAUGGGCAUCCAGUCUUUUCUUUUGCCGUGAGGUGAGAGUGAUUCAGAACUAAUGCAUGAGAAGGAGCAUUUUGAUCCAAGUUGUGGCUUUGGGCUGUAUGUACUCCUAGCGAGAAGAGAAUUCUCUAACAAACUAGCAUUGUAUUACCUUGUUAUAAACCCCUGCAUUAGACACAGGGCACUGGGCUGUUCAUUUGGGCUCUCAGCCUGCUGAUAUUUUGCCAUUCUCCCCACGUGUUAGUUUGCUUCCCCAAGAAGAGGAGCAUGAGGUGGUCUUAUUAUUCUCAGAUUGGACAUGAGAAAUUAGAACUUGACAACAGCAAGGAUUUCAGUGUUGUUUGGUUUUUAGAGCAAGAUCCCUCCAGAGAAGUUGCAGCAGAAAGGAGCCAGGAGAGCAUAGAAUAGAAUAGAGCUCUCAUUCCACAUUUUAGAGAAGUCCUGUUCCCCUUCUUUUCUUUCCUGUCCUCCUCUCCCCUUCUUAUUUGAGUGUGUGUUGGUAGUAUAUACACGUUGCUCUGAUUAUGUGUCUAUCACAAAUGCUAGUAAGAAAGGAUGAACUGCAGAGUACCUUUUGCUGAGGCUUUCAGCUGUGUUAUGGGAGAAAUAGGUGAAGGCUUUAGCAUUUAAUCUACUGGCAGAAAUUAGGAAAGGAAAAAUCACUGUAUUAUCUUUGAUAAUCACUGAUUAUCUUUUUCCUGCUUUAAAACUAAAUGAGGAAUUCCGUGACAGAUAUGAAGAGGAAUCUAAAGCAGAUUUAGACAACUAGCUUCUUUUCCUAUCUCUUAAUCCUUAAAUUGGAAUUUGGCUCUUAUUUAUUAUCUGUAUUGUUUUUGCUUUUGUUUUGGUAAGGAGAUUGUUUUGCAUUCAGUUGGAAAGUAGAAUAAGAAAAUCUGUUAAAAUCACGCAUUGUGCCGGGGGUCUGCCCCAUAUCCUUAACUCUGGUUUUUGAUUUUUUGUGUUUUUUUGUCCAUCCCCCGCCCGCCCACUAACUCCCAAGAAGUUAGGGUUAGGAGUACAAGAUAUUUGUAUCCUAGACUGAACGGUUGAGUGUUUCCUGUGAGGAUCUGGGUGUUCCUCUUUGCAACCCACAUUUGAUCUUUAGAGACACUGGCAUUUUGAAGAAACAUGAUACAGCUGUUUGGAAAUAAAUCCAUCUUAUGGUGUAUCUGUGAGUAGAAGAUCUGAGUACCAGAGAAACUCAUUGAUGCUUGGGGUAGCCAAAGGACAAGGGGAAUAAGUGCCUAAUAAUUGAGGGAACUCUAUCUGGGUUGUAUAGUCUUACGCACAUUCCAUUGUCUUUGUUAAGCCCAGAGGCCAUGUUGUGUUUGUUUUCCAGAAAUUUGAUAACUUUACAUAGCUUUUCCGAUAUACAUUUUGACUUUUGUUUUAAAAUAUUUUAAUUUGAAUUAAAUAAUUUUAUUGGAAUUAAAUAUUUUAAUUUUAAUUUGAUUCACAAUUGAAUCAGGUUGCAACAUUGGCAGGAUUGAUCUCUGACUUCCGAUCGAGGUGACACAGACAUCAGAAGUAUGUCCAGGAAUUUAAUUUAGACUCAUCAUGUCUAGAACACUGUAUCUAGAAGUAUCUAUAUGCUGACUGCCUGACAGACUGUGGUAGGGUCCGCAUGCUGCCUGACAGAUUCUGGUAGGGUCCCUAUGCUGAGUAACCAACAGGCUCUACUAAGAUCUGUAAGCUGACAAGUCUGACUGUUUUCUAAUUGUACCAGUUGACACUGUAUGCAUGUUACUACAAUUCUCUGUCUAUUGUACAUGUCCCACAAAGAAAGGAAGUAACCACUCCACAUGUUUUCUUUAGGGGGAAGUUCUAUACACUAUGAUUUUUAAUAGAUAUUUCUUUUAGAGUAGCAGCCAAAUUCUAAUCAUUUUGUAGAAAAUGAAGUUUGAACAUCACUUGUAAGUUAUUUUGUAAACUCAGCUAAGGAAAUGCCUGCUCGGAGCCUGACACUGUUACCUCUACUUGAAGUCAUCCUAUCCAUUCCCCCAUUUCUGGGCAGGACUUCACUUUCUGAACUUUCUGUGUCCUCAGCUUCCCUGCUAUGGGCUGUAGCAUUCCAUUGGAUAAUGCUGCUGUUUUUAGUCCACUACCCAUUUGCCUCUUAAUUAUAAUAUAAUCAAUAAAAAUGCAAAGGAAAUUUUGGCAAAAGUAUUCUUUUCAGUAAGGCUUUCACUGGGGAUCCAUGACCAAUUUUUACCUACUCAGUGUUUUUUAUAUCUGAAUUGCUUGUGUACAUUUUUUUUUUCUUGUGUUGAAGUAACAAAAUCAUGGUGAUAGUUUUGCUGUGGCAAAAGCCAAGGUCUUGUCACCAGCUGUGCCCUUUGGAGGGAUUGGGAGUGGGCUCAGCACCACUGGGUUAAAUGGAAUGGACUGAGUUGGGAACCGAAGCAAUAGAGCUAUCCUGCAUGUUUCCUAGGCACAGCUGUGUUGAAAGAAGGAAUGUUAAUCCUUAGCAGCAUUCUAAUUUAAUCUGGUGACAUUGAUGUCAAAAUAUGGCACUCAGAUCCACAUAAGGUGUAUAACUGUAUUUGAAAUGUGUUUUUGUGUGUGUGUGUGUAGAAUGGGUAAAUAAAAUUGUUG